AUGUCUUCUGCGCCUGCUAUGAAGGAGUUCGUGUGCAUCCUGCCCGAUAAGCCCGGCGCUCAGGCCAAGCGUCUCGAGGUUCGCCCCUCCCACCUUGAGAAUGCAAAGGCCCUGACCGCUGCCGGUUCAAUUGUUGCGGGCGGAGCCUUGCUCGAGUCUCACCCCGCUGAGGGGGAGGCGCCUGUCUUCAAGGGCAGCAUGAUGAUGGUUGUGGCCGAGGACGAGGCCGCCGUUCGUGCGCUUUUGGAGAAGGAUAUCUAUGCUCGCGAGGGCGUGUGGGACCUUGAGAAGGCCCAAGUUUACCCGGUAUUUUUAUCUCUUUUACCACCUGCCUUGGAGGCUCAGCUGAGGCUUCAACGGGGUUUUGUCAUGGAUGCUAAUGGGAAUGGGGUUUAG